AUGUCUAGCCGUGCAAAAGCAGGCAAAGCGAAAACCACCACAAAAGCCAAAUCGCGCUCAAGCCGAGCUGGACUUCAGUUCCCUGUGGGUCGUGUUCAUCGCAAACUUCGUCAGGGAAACUAUGCGCCACGCAUCGGAGGAGGUGCUCCUGUCUAUUUAGCUGCUGUUUUGGAGUACCUAGCUGCUGAAGUGCUUGAAUUGGCUGGCAAUGCCGCUCGUGACAACAAGAAGUCUCGCAUCAUUCCUCGUCAUCUACAGCUGGCCAUUCGCAACGAUGACGAGUUGAAUCGGUUGUUAUCCUGUGUCACUAUCGCUCAAGGAGGAGUUCUGCCAAAUAUUCACGCUGUACUUCUACCCAAAAAAGCCGCGGCCGAAGAAAAAGCAUAA